CGUCAUAACCGGAUGUUGAUACCAGCUUGGAGCACAGCGCAGACAGGAACAGCUGAAAAAGAACAACAAAGCCGCGACGACGACGGUAAAAACAACAGAUGUGCGUCUAAAAUACACCUAAAACAUCGGUGACAUCUUCGCUGGUGGGGACAUUGUGUGCCACUGAAACACAUUUAAAAAGCACCAUUCAAAGCUCAGCUGCCAUCUACAGUCAACAAACCUCAUGACAAGCCAGCUAGGAACAAAAACAUUAUAAAGAUGGUCACUGCCUGAAUUUCUGCUGCAUUGCAACACCUGACAUGGGUAAUGAGGACAUGUGUUAAACACAGGAAAGGGAUUGUGUUGGGCCGUAGUUCAGUCGCUGCCAAAGAUAAGACGAUGGGACGCAUCUUCUUGGACCACAUUGGCGGCACUCGCCUUUUCUCCUGUGCCAACUGUGACACCAUCCUGACCAACAGGUCUGAGCUCAUCUCAACACGCUUCACAGGAGCCACAGGCAGAGCUUUCCUCUUCAACAAGGUGGUGAACCUCCAGUAUAGCGAGGUGCAGGACAGAGUGAUGCUCACCGGCAGACACAUGGUGAGGGACGUCAGCUGCAAGAACUGCAACAGCAAGUUGGGUUGGAUCUAUGAGUUUGCCACAGAGGACAGUCAGCGCUACAAGGAGGGACGUGUCAUCCUGGAGAGGGCGCUGGUUAGGGAGAGUGAGGGCUUUGAGGAGCACGUCCCCUCAGACAACUCAUGAGCCCACGACCUUGGAUUACCUUGUGUGGGAAAGCUCACUCCCGUGUCCUCCUAUCCCUCGCCUUUAUCCCCUCUCGCUGCGCACCACCACCUGCAGACUUAGUGGUCAGUGACGUUUUGGCUUCACCCCCCCCCCCCCCCCACAUACUUUCCUUGUCUCUGGCCUUAGACCUCUGCUGAUUUAGAAUGAUUGGUUUGCUGGCUCUACUAUUGCUGAAUAGGCUUCCCAAAAAUACUUCCUGAUUUAUGUGUCACGGGGCACCACUCCAAAACAGCUGGGGACACAGAUAGGGAGUUCACUUGUUUUUAAAUGUUCGUGUACAUAAUAUCACCAGCUCACACGGCAUGCUGCACACCUUUUCAUAUAGUAAUAAAUACAUGCAUGAUACUAAACAUGGUCACAAUCACACAUACAACCUCAUUGUUUUGUUUAUUUAGAGUACUGGAGGCAGUAGAGCCGAGUAUGUUCAGCAUCCAGACGGGAGCAAAGCAGCCUUCGUGCUCUGCUCGGCAAAGUUAAACGAACCGACGGAGGUGUCACUCCACAUAUUGCUUCCUUGGGGCUUGUGCUUCUGUGUUGUGACUUUUGUCUCAAUGUAUUUGUCACUGGUGAGCACUGAAUGCAAUUAAGACCAUGAUGUUUGUUAUUUCCUUAUCAGUUACCUUUUAUUAUCCAGGAGUGUAAUCAAUUUUAGUGUUUAAGAUCUUUGUUCAUGUUCAAAUGAUGGCGUAAGGACUGCACAGAUUGAUGUCAUAUUUAAGUACUCAUUGUAGUUUACAGUUUGACCAUGAUGGGAGUUUUAUUUAGAUCUGGCUCACAUGAUGUGCAUGUAUCUUAAUUCACAUGAUAUUCUUGAUAUGUACACAAAGUGGCUGAACAGCAGACAAUCGUACAAUUGAUCCCGCAAUUUCAUUCUCCCUCCCGUUACCAUGGAUUCUGUGCGUGUGUGGUGUGCCGUGUGACGAGCAACAUGUCAACUUUGGUGACUUAUGAGGAGCGUGCACCUUCCAGCCAUGUGUCUUCAGUGUGGCGGAGGAGUAAUGUGUCUGAGACGUGAUGGAGACAUUCUCUGGCUGCCCUGCCAGCGUGAGGACAGGAUUAUGAGAGGAUGGGUCAGGCAAGCGUUUGAAAGUAGCCAGCAGACAUUGUGAGACAAGUUUAUAGACGGCCUCUGGAAAAAGAACCAACAGCAGACAGUCUCUCACCAGUUAAUACAUUAUAAUGCUGGAAACGACUCACUGAAAAUAUGUUUAAAUCAAGCCUGGACUCUAUUUAUUUAAACAGUUGACUCCCGAUGCCGUUUCUCAUGCUGAAGGACUUUCGGGAUAGUGACCCAUCCUCUUUUUAUAAUCCUAGGCUUUGGGCACAUUUGGUCAUAAGAUGACUUGUUUCUUACAACACAAAGCCGAGCGAGCUUUAAUGGAGUUCUAGUCUUUAAAGUUGAGCUUUUGUCCUCUGACUAUGCCAGAGCCUCCAUUUUAUAUCUGUGUCCUGCAAUCAAAAUGUCCAAAAAAAAUCUCAAUCUUCAUGACAUUUGAAGUUAUUUUGGGAGUGGGUUGUAGCACAGCAUCAUGGCCCUUGUGUGACAUUGUGCUAUGUCACAGUGUGCAUGCCUGCAGGCGUUUCCAGAAUGGUCCAGCUUUCACCAGUAGCACUGUUCGUGUCGCCUUUACAAGGUCAUGCAAGACCGUGCAAGUUGUCAUUUCUACUAAAUAAAAGUGACACCAUCCAUAUCCCUAAUUCAAUGCCGUGCACAGAGAAUGGCCGUGACAGAAUAUUGUUAUAAUCUUGUUGUUCUCUUUUACCAUUGUAUUGAUAGGCCAUUGUUUUUAUUUGCUUUAAUCUCUGUGGUUAUUAUUUUAUUGAUACAUUUAUCUUAUUGUAUUUUUUUCUCGGUUGAAGGUUUACAAAAAAAAAUAAAAAAUGUUUUAUGGCUAUAGCAAGGUUUUUUCUCUGAUGUGAUUUCUAAAUAAACAUGAUGUCUUGCUGGGUUACAUUCA